ACCUACCUGGUAUCCAAACAUAACAUCGAGUGAAUCGUCUUCACUACCUGGUUUCACGGUCGGUAUUAUAUUGCGAAUAUUUGAUAUAUGUCAAUUUCACUUGACGCUGCCUAGCAAGACAUAUAUCUAUGUCUGAUUCAUAACAGUCGAUUUAUAAUGGUUAUAGCUUUCGCACUCGAGGCAUGCUGUAUCUCCUUUAACUCCGAGCUCAUCGUAUUCCGAUCCCGCUCGUAACCCCGAUUAUAACCAGGUUGUUUCCUAUCGUGUAAUCGAACACCAACAUCUCGAUUUAUUGCAUUGAUCUAUUGGUCGAAUAGUUUGAAAAGUGUCGGCUCUCAAUCCAGCAGUCUACUGAAUUAGCAUAUCUAACCUAAAGAAGAUAAACGCCGAUAGUAAUCGCCGCGACGUAAUAAGUCUGAUUUCAAAGCAUCGAAGUAUUAUAUUAGGCAGGUAGCAGGUAGCUAGGUAGCUAGUCUACCUCCGGCGUCUACCCGAUAAGCAUUUUGACAUUUUUCUUCCCCUUAAAAGAAGCAAAAUAGGUAUAAAAUAAAGAUGCCUCCUCCAAAAGGAACUCCAAACCCUCUGGAGGGUCCAGGUGACUAUGACGUGACCUCCGUCGUGCACAGUGACACGUAUCCCGCAAUUGAUCCCACUAAAGCGGAUUUCAGCGGGAAAGCGGUUCUUAUCACCGGCGCUUCCAGAGGCUUGGGCAGGGCAAUCGCCAUCUCGUUCGCCAAGGCCGGGGCGUCGAUGAUCGCGGUCGGGGCUCGGUCCGAUCUCUCCGCUACGGUCGACGAGGUUAAAGCGGCGGCUCAGAGGGUGGGAAAACCGGAGCCGAAAGUUUUAGCUCUCGAGCUCGACGUGGCCGACCCGAAGAACGUCGACGAUGCGGCCACCAAAGUCAAAGAGAGCUUUGGACGCUUAGACGUCGUGAUUAACAACGCUGGCAUUUUCGACGCAUCCAAGAUCCUAGAUACUGAUCCCGAAGCGUGGUGGAAUAUAUGGAGGGUAAACGUUAUGGGCCCGUUUAACACCACGCGCUCGUUCCUCCCGCUGCUAUCCCAGAGCAGCAUCAGGACGAUAGUCACGUUUAGCAGCGUCGGAGCUCAUUUGGUAGGACCGGGGCUUAGCGCAUACCAGUCCUCCAAGCUAGCGGUGCUGCGUCUUUCCGAAUUUAUCUCGGCGGAGUACGGCGACAGGGGUAUAGUGGCGUACGCCAUACACCCGGGAAAUAUUUUAACGGAUAUGGUCGCCGGCGUCAUGACUCCCGAGCUUAAGAAAGUGUUUACCGAAACGCCAGAAUUAAGCGCGGAUUCUUUGGUGUAUCUGACAUCGGAAAGGCGAGAUUGGCUUGCUGGUAGAUAUAUCAACGUUACUUGGGAUUUGCCGGAGUUGGUGGAAAAGAAAGACGAGAUUGUCAAAGGCGACAAAUUGAAAGUGCGACUAAUUGUAUAAGAAGUAGAUUGCACAAUCAUAAGUACAUAGGUAUCUUAUAUAUCAGCACAAGUUACAGGGAUAAAA